AAAGACGAGGAGAAAGGAAGAAGAAGACAAGAGAAGAGAUUGUUGUAACUUCAUUCCAGCUUCAAAUGCACUGGCCAGCCUGCACUCGGAAGAUCGCGAAGAAGAUCUUAAAGAUGCAAGUAGCAGUGGAUGUAUAAAACCUUCAGAUUCGCCAAAUGCAAGAAUCCCCAUAGAAUAUUCCAGUCUCUUUAAAUGGGUGAGCAGCAGGCGUUGGAGGCGGCCGACCUGAAGGCGGCGAUGGUUGCCCCGGAGGCUAAGCCCAUCUGCUACGGCGAGGUGGUCCUCCAGCCCUCUCCCGUGGAGCAGGCCUAUGGCGAAUGUUUGGUGCCUCCCCUCAAUUUUGCUAUGGUCAAUCCCGGCGUCUACCGCUCCGGCUUCCUCGAACCCACUAACUUCCCAUUCUUGAGAACGCUAAAACUUCAAUCCAUAUUGUGUCUGUGCCCAGAUCCCUACCCGGAGGAGAACAUGGAGUUUCUUCAGGGGAAUGGGAUUCGGCUCUUCCAGAUUGGGAUCGACGGGUACAAGUACGUCGCAAUUCCAGAAGAUGCGAUUCAAGAGGCCCUUAAAGUUGUUCUUGAUGUCCGGAAUCAUCCGCUUCUUAUUCAUUGCAAACGAGGCAAACAUCGAACAGGCUGCGUCGUAGGAUGCCUGAGAAAACUGCAGCGCUGGUGCCUUGUUUCAAUUUUUGACGAGUACAAGUGUUUUGCCGCUGUGAAAGCGAGAAUUUCUGAUCAGAACUUCAUAGAGGCAUUUGAUGUAACAAGCCUGACCCAGAUCCAGUAGCAAGAAAGGAACAUCAGCUUUUCUACUCUGGAAGAGACGGGCCAUUCUUACUGGAAAUUAACAGGAAACCAAUAAUUCUUUCAAUCAGUAAAAAUUUGGAGGACUCAUUUUCCCUAAUAGGAUAAUUUUUUUCUGAGUUUUUCUCUAACAAUUUUAAGCCCAUUCCUGUGUUUUCUUUUCAUUUUUUUUACAAAGAGAAAACUCACAUCUAAUUGCAAGCGGUUCACGUUUUUGGGAGAUUGCUUGCUGGGUAUCUGAUCUGUAAGUGUUAGGUACAAUUAAAUAUUUGAUGGUAUUGCCUUAUAAUUUGAUGAACAUAUUCA